CAACCCACGCAUGCCUUACACGUAGCUCGUGCGCGAGGACACGUACAACGACGAACACGACAAGUGAUAUGGGCUUCUAAAGUGACAUCCGCAUCCGCAGAGAGACACCUCAGCACCUUCACCACGUGCCUCGAGAUGUUCGCACCGAGUCCACACCGAAUAUGCAACGCACGGACAGUCGAGCAGGAGCAAGCCAAGCUGCAGAAGAUCAAGGAGCUGACGGGCAUCUUAAAGGCCACGGACGAGAACCUCACCGUGUGCGAGGAAAUACUGGCGACUUAUAUAAAGAAACGGUUGAAGGAAAAAAGGGAGGAAAUGCAAAGAAGAAACGAAUUAGAAAACAAGAUGGCUGAAAUAUUGGAAAAUCUGAAGACGCGAUUGUUGGUUGAAUGAGUCGAAUAUUUGAAAUCUAUAUAUUUUUAUCAGUUAAUUGUAUGGUUUUCUAAUAAUCAAUGGCUUAUUAUUCUUUAUGUUACUUGUUAUUAUAUUUCGUUAUUAUAUUUACGUUUCAGAAAAAUAAAACUAUAUUCUACUGGUUUUAUUGCA